AUGGCUCCUCCAGUCUGGACUCUGCUGCUGCUGCUGGGGGCUGCCUUGCCAAGGAAAGAGAAGCCUCUGGACUGGAAGCCCGUCUCUCGCAGCUCGAGGGAAAACUCCGUUCUCACCCAGUGUGAUUUUGAGGAUGACUCCAAACCCCUCUGUGAUUGGAGCCAAGUGUCUAAAGAUGACGGGGCCUGGACUCGGGCCAGUGAGCCCUCCCCCAACAGCAGCACCGCGCCCCCCGGCGGGUACCCCAAUGGAGAGGGCUACUACCUGCGCAUGGACUCCAACACCUUCCGCCCGGGCGGGGUGGCGCGCCUGCGCAGCCCCCCCGUAUGGGAGCAAGGCCUCCUCUGCGUGCGCUUCGCCUACUACAUGUUCGGGCCGUCGUGGGGCGCCCAGCUCAAGCUGCUGUUGACCACGGACCCCAAGGGCAAGCGCCCCAACGUACUCUGGAAACACAGGAACACCCAGAGCCCCUCCUGGAUACCCACCGCCAUCACGGUGCCCAUUGGGCGCAUCCUGCCCAGUCGGCUGACAUUUGAAGGAGUCAGGGGCAGCACGGCUUAUCUGGACAUCGCUCUGGAUGCCAUCUCUAUCCGUCGGGGCUCCUGCAGUCGGGUCUGCAAGACGCAAACGUGCAGUUUUGACACUCCAAAUGAUCUCUGUGGCUGGAGCUGGAUCCCGACGGCCUCUGGGGCCAAGUGGGUCCAGAAGAAGGGGUCAACAGGGGUGCCGAACGUGGGGCCUGAGGAUGACUUCUCUAGCCCUGGUAGUGGCUUCUACAUGCUCCUGGACCCCAAGAAUGCAAAACCGAGGCAGAGCUCUGCCCUCCUGAGCCCUGUGCUCCAGUCCUUCGGCUGCCUGAGCCUGUCCUUUCACUACACCCUACGUGGCCAGUCUCCUGGCGCAGCCCUCACGGUCUAUGCUUCUGACUUGGGCAGCCGCCGGAAACACACACUCUUUUCAGGACAACCCGGACCCAACUGGCAGCCCGUUUCUGUCAAUUACACAGGCCAGGGACAGAUUCAGUUCACCGUGGUGGGCGUGUUUGGGGAGAUCCCAGAGCCAGUGGUGGCGGUGGAUGCAAUCAGCAUUGCUCCCUGCGGGGAGAGCUUUCCUCAGUGUGACUUUGAAGAUGAGGCCCAUCCCUUCUGUGACUGGGUCCAGGCAUUACAGGAUGGCGGACACUGGACCCAGGGAAGUAAAAACACGCUCAUCCAGGGUACAGGCCCCUCGGGAGCCUCCCUUAAUGGAGAGGGUCACUUUGUCUACCUUGAGGCUGACAAGUUCUCCCAGGCAGGCCAGUCUUUCAGACUGACGAGCCGGACCUUCUGUGCCCUGGGUGCGAUCUGUGUGGAGUUUACCUACCACAUGUAUGGCCUCGGGAAUGGCACAAAGCUCAGGCUUCUGCUGGGGAGCCCUGCAGACAGCUCCCCAACUCCUCUCUGGGAACGAGUUGGGUCUCAAAGCGCUGACUGGCUGAACGUCUCCAUCACCGUCCCUUCGGGACAUCAACAGCCCAUGCAGCUGAUGUUUGAGGCUGAGAGGGGCACCAGCACCGCCUUCAUUGUUGCUCUGAGUUUCAUCUUGAUCAGUCACGGGACCUGUCAAGGACCUGCAUCAGUAGCGCCUCCUUCCAAACCUGCCGUUACCUGCACUGGCCCUCCUGAAACCCCUGUCUGCACAGAGAAACUUGUGGCCCCUGAGGAAACACCCACCGUCCCCACUGAAAUAUUCACCAUCCCCACAGGGAAACCUGUGGCCCCCACCGAAAGGACCACCUUCCCCACUAAAAAGACCACCAUCCCCACAGAAAAACCCACGGUCCCCACCGAAAGGACCACCUUCCCCACUAAAAAGACCACCAUCCCCACAGAAAAACCCACGGUCCCCACCAAAAGGACCACCAUCCCCACUAAAAAGACCACCAUCCCCACAGAAAAACCCACGGUCCCCACCGAAAGGACCACCAUCCCCACUAAAAAGACCACCAUCCCCACAGAAAAACCCACGGUCCCCACCGAAAGGACCACCAUCCCCACUAAAAAGACCACCAUCCCCACAGAAAAAACCACGGUCCCCACCGAAAGGACCACCAUCCCCACUAAAAAGACCACCAUCCCCACAGAAAAACCCACCGUCCCCACAGAAAGGACCACCAUCCCCACUAAAAAGACCACCAUCCCCACAGAAAAACCCACCGUCCCCACAGAAAGGACCACCAUCCCCACGGAAAAACCCACAGUCCCCACCGAAAGGCCCACAGUUCCCACGACACCCCAGCCCAGCCCAACUCUUGUACCCACCUGGCCAACAGUUUUCGUGAUGCCAAGUACCUCCAUGACCACCGUGACCCCGGCCACCACUGCAACCCCAAGACCUACUCCAGUGAGCUGCCCGCCGAAUGCCCACUACGAGCGCUGCGCCUGCCCAGCAUCCUGCCAGAGCCCCGCGCCCAGCUGUGGGCUCCUUUGCAAGUCCGGCUGUGUCUGCGAUCCUGGCUUUCUGUUCAGCGACUCCCGCUGCAUCAAUGCCUCUUCCUGCAAUUGCUCCUACAAUGACAAUCACUAUAAGCCAGGGACGGGGUGGUUCAGCCCCAACUGCACAGAACGUUGCCGCUGCCAGCCCGGCGGUCGGACGGAGUGCCAGCCCCACACGUGCGGGACACAUGCAGUAUGCCAGCUGAAGAAUGGCCAGUACGGAUGCCGCCCCCGUGGUACUGCCACCUGCUUCAUCUACGGAGACCCGCAUUACCUCACCUUCGACGGGAGGCACUUUAGCUUCAUGGGCAAGUGCACCUACAUCCUGGCCCAACCCUGUGGCAACUCGACGGAGCCAUUCUUCAGGCUGACGGUGAAGCAAGAGGAGCGAGGACAGGAGGGCGUGUCCUGCCUGAGCAAGGUCUACGUGACUCUGCCCGAAACUACCAUCACCCUGCUCAAGGGCAGACACACGCUGGUUGGGGAUCAGCGAGUCACCCUCCCAGCCAUACCUUCUAAAGGCAUCUUCCUGACUCCAAGUGGGCGAUCUGUGCAGCUGCAGACGGCAUUCGGUCUGCGGGUGAGAUGGGAUGGUGACCAGCAGCUGUCUGUGAGCGUGCCCAGCACCUACUCUGGCAAACUCUGCGGUUUCUGUGGCAACUAUGAUGGAGACAGUAGCAACGACAACCAGAAGCCGGAUGGUAGACCAGCGCGAGAUGAGACGGAGCUGGGUAUCAGCUGGCGGGCCUCGGAGGAUGAAGACCACGAGUGCCAGGAGAACCGGGCAUCUCCCCCAUCUUGCGACACUGCCUUGCAGAACACUGUGUCAGGGCCAGAGUUCUGUGGACGGCUCACGGUCGCUCACGGAGCUUUUGAGGCCUGCCUGCCUCACCUCAGGGCCUCUUCCUUCUUCGACAACUGCGUGUUUGACAUGUGUAAUUUCCAGGGGCUGCAGCAGAUGCUGUGUGCCCACAUGUCAGCCUUGACCGAGACCUGCCAGGAUGCCGGCUACGUGGUGAAGCCCUGGAGAGGACCCCAGUUCUGCCCGCUGGCCUGUCCACCCAACAGCCGAUACACCCUGUGUGCCAAGCUGUGCCCCGACACCUGCCAUUCCGAGCUCUCGGGCAUGGCCUGCCAGAACCGCUGCGUGGAGGGCUGCGAGUGCGACCCGGGCUUCGUCCUCAGCGGUCUCCAGUGCGUCCCCAGGUCCGAAUGUGGCUGCCUUGACCCCACGGCCGGCUACUUCAAGGUAGGGGAGCGGUGGUUCAAGCCAGGCUGCAGACAGCUCUGCAUCUGCGAAGGCAGCAACAGAACUCGCUGUGAGCAGUGGAGGUGCCAGGCCCAGGAGGUGUGUGGUCGGCAGGAUGGCAUCUAUGGCUGCCACGCUCAAGGGUCCGCUACCUGCACUGUCUCGGGGGACCCCCAUUACCUGACAUUCGACGGAGCCCUGCACCACUUCAUGGGCACCUGCACCUACACCCUGACCCAGCCUUGUUGGUUGAGGUCCCCAGAAAAUUACUUCGUCGUGAGUGCCACCAACGAGUUCCGCGGCGGAAACUUGGAGGCCUCCUAUGUCAAAACCGUCCAAGUGCAGGUCUUCAACCUCAGAAUCUCCAUGAUCAAAGGCCGCAAGGUCAUGCUGGAUGGUCGCCGGGUGGCCCUGCCCGUGUGGCCUGCACAAGGCCGGGUGAACGUGAGGUCCAGUGGUUCCUUUAUCCUCCUCUACACGGACUUCGGGCUUCAAGUUCGCUAUGAUGGGAACCACCUGGUGGAAGUGACCGUGCCCUCCUCCUACGCUGGCCGGCUCUGCGGGAUGUGCGGGAACUUCAACAACAACAGCCUAGAUGACAAUCUGCAGCCUGAUAAAAGGCCUGCGGUCAGCUCCGUGAAGCUGGGGGCCUCCUGGAAGCUAAAUGAGUUGUCUGAACCUGGCUGCUUUGCUGCGGGUGGCGGGCCCCCCAGGUGCCUGAGGAAGAAAGUGACGGAGGCCUGGAAUAAGAACUGUGAUAUCUUAAUGAACCCUCAGGGACCCUUCUCCCAGUGCCACGGGGUAGUGGCCCCGCACUCCAGCUUCACCAGUUGCGUGUACGGCCAGUGUGGGACCAAGGGCGACACCUCGACCCUGUGCCGCUCCCUGCAGGCCUACGCGUCCCUGUGCGCCCGUGCAGGCCAGGCCCUCGCCUGGCGGAACACCACCUUCUGCCCUCUGAACUGCCCACUGGGCAGCAGCUACAGCACCUGUGCCAAGCCCUGCCCGGCCACCUGCCUCAGCCUGAGCGCUCCAUCAUACUGCCCGUCCUCGCUGCCCUGUGCCGAGGGCUGCGAGUGCCAGAAAGGCCACAUCCUGAGUGGGACCUCCUGUGUGCCCCUCAGCCAGUGUGGUUGUACCAGCCAGAGGGGCUCCUACCACCCGGUCGGGGAGAGCUGGUACACGGACAACACCUGCUCCAGGCUCUGCACCUGCUCUGCUCACAACAACAUCUCCUGCCUCCAGACCGCCUGCGAGCCUGGCCAGAUGUGCGGGUCCCGGGAUGGGCUGAUACAGUGCCGGGCGGCAGGGAUGGGAGAGUGCCACCUCCGCAACGCGUCCCACUACGCAAGCUUCGAUGGCAGUUACCAUGCGGUCAGGGGCACCUGCACUUACGUCUUGGUGAAAAUAUGCCACUCCACCGUGGACCUGCCUUUCUUCAAGAUCAGUGGCAAGAAUGGGAAGCGGAAAGACCAGCCCCACACUUUCUACCUCCGCCAGGUCCACGUGGACAUCUUCAAUACCCUGGUCACCCUGAAGAAGGACCAAGUGCUGAUCAAUGGCACACGGGUCACCCUCCCGGCGACCACCCAGAUCCGGGGAGUCAAAGUCAUUUCCAGGGACGGCUACACCGUGCUCACCAUCAACAUUGGGGUGCAAGUCAAGUUUGACGGCAAUGGUUUCCUAGAGGUCGAAAUCCCCAAAGCCUAUUAUGAAAAGACCUGCGGCAUGUGCGGGAACUUCAACGGCGAGGAAGAAGACGAACUAUUGAUGCCUAAUGACGAACUAGCCCUGGAUGACGUCAUGUAUGUGGACAGUUGGCAAGACGAGGAGAUCGACCCAAAUUGCCAAGAAGAUGACAAGAAGACUGAAGCAGAACCUCAGGAGAAGCCAAACACGAACUGCCGGGCAGCUGACCUGGCAAGAGCCCGGGAGCAAUGCCAGGCGGCUUUCCGGGCUCCAGCCUGGGCGAAGUGUGCCACCCGCGUGAUUCCCAGUCCCUUCCUGCUCAGAUGUACCCACAGCCUCUGUGAGUCUGGAGGCCUCAACCAUGCUCUCUGCCAGUCUCUACAAGCCUUCGGGGCCGCCUGCCAGGCCCAGGGGAUCAAGCCUCCGAUCUGGAGAAACAGCAGCUUCUGCCCUCUGGACUGCUCCGCCCACAGCGUCUACACCACCUGCGUUCCCUCCUGCCCUCCUUCCUGCUGGGACCCGGAAGGCCAGUGCAAAGGCUCCAGAGUGCCCUCCACCUGCGAGGAGGGCUGUGACUGUGAGCCCGGCUACGUGCUCAGUGGACAGCAGUGUGUGCCCAGGAGCCAGUGCAGCUGCAGGGACGCCCAGGGCAACUCCCUCCCUGCGGGUAAGUCCUGGUUCUCCGGAGGCUGCUCCAAGAGGUGUACCUGCAGAGCGGGCGUCAUUCAGUGCGGGCCCUUCGCCUGCCCCUCGGGCUCCCAGUGCCAGCCCAACAAGGACGGCAAAGACUACUGCGCACCCAAGAAGUCGGAGCAAUGCACAAUUUAUGGGGACCCCAGUUACCGCACAUUUGAUGGCCUCAGCUACCGCUUCCAGGGCCGCAUGACCUACUUUCUGAUCAAGACCUUGGACGUGCUCCCUGAUGGGGUGGAGCCCUUGGUCGUGGAGGGCCGCAACAAGGUGUAUCCGUCCUUCAACCCCAUCUUCCUGCACGAAAUCAUCGUGACGGUCUACGGCUACACAGUCCAGCUCCAGACGGAACUGGGACUUGUAGUCAACGGUCAGAAGGUGACCAUCCCCUACGAGCCCAACGACCAGCUGCGGGUCACCAUGCGAGGCCACCGCCUGUAUCUGAUCACAGACUUUGAGCUGGUCAUCAGCUUCAAUGGAAAGAACAACGCAGUGAUCUCCCUGCCCAUCACGUACCGGAGGCUUGUGCGUGGCCUGUGCGGCAACUACGACCAGAACAAGAGGAAUGAUUUUAUGCUGCCCGACGGUGCCCUCACCCAGAACCUCCUUGUCUUUGGCAACAGUUGGGAGGUGAAGAAGACCAAGGGAGGCCUCCCCCGCUUCUCAAGGGAGGUACAAGAGGAGGAAGUGAAAGAAGAGGAGGCGCCAGGCUUUCAUGUGUCAGAAUGCAGCCCGGAGCAGCUGGAGCUCAUCGAGCACACACGGGCGUGUAGCGUGCUGGUGGACCCCCAGGGCCCCUUUGCUGCCUGCCACCAGCCUGUGGCCCCGGAACCCUUCCUGGAGCACUGUGUGUCUGAUCUGUGUGCCGCCCGGGACCCCAAAGAGCAGGACGAGCGGCGUUGCCAGGUCCUCAGCGGGUACGCCAUCAUCUGCCAGGAGGCGGGCGCCAACCCGGUCAGCUGGCGGAACCACACCCACUGCGCCUUGCCGUGUCCAGCCAAUACCGUCUAUCAGAGCUGCAUGACACCCUGCCCAGCCUCCUGUGCCACCCUGGCAGCUCCCAGGGACUGCAAGGGCCCCUGCGUGGAGGGCUGUGCUAGCCUCCCAGGCUACAUCUACAGCGGGGCGCAGAGCCUCCCCCUGGCCCACUGCGGCUGCACCAACAAUGGCAUCUACUACCAGCAGGGUGACGGCUUCGUGGCCGAGGAUUGCUCCCAGCGCUGCACCUGUGCUAGCUCGGGGGUCCUGCUGUGUGAGCCCCUCAGCUGCAGCCCUGGGGAGAUCUGCACCCUGGGGAACCUCACUCGUGGCUGCUUCCGAGACAGCCCGUGCCUACAGAACCCCUGUCAGAAUGAUGGUCGCUGCCAGGAGCAGGGAACCCACUUCACCUGUGAGUGUGAGCUUGGUUACGGGGGACACCUCUGCACGGAGCCUCGGGGUGUGCCACCCCCAAAAAAGCCAGAAGCCUCCAACUUUGCGGUCAUCCUGUUGGGAUUGCUGGUGACUGUGCUGGUCAUAGUGUCAGCAGUGACCAGAGAAUGCAUUUCCAGGAAGAGGAGGGGGGAGAAAAUGCAGAGCCAGACCGGAGACGAGCUGCCAGAUUUUGCUCCAGAUCAUGCCUUCAAAGUCGCUCAGUUUUGAGUUGUCCACAGAAGAAGGAGACAUAAAAUUAUUUAUUUUUGA